GAACGCUCAACUCCAAAAAUCAAAUGGGAAGAUAAUCUGUGUAGAGCCAUGGCUCUCAUCCAUCACCAAUUCCUACCUUCCCGCAUCUUCGUUCGCCGUUUUAAUUCACCUCACAAAUUUUCAAAACCCUCCCUGUUUUUGUGCUAUAAAACCCCAAACUUGCUCUCGCUUUGUGCUCCUCAUUCUUCAGGCCCCAUUUUUCUUCCGUUACUCGAAGAAGAACAAAGGGAUGAGGAGGAGGAGGAGGAAAUAGACGCAGUGGCAAUGCGAGAACAAGUAGAGGACCCAGAUGAUCCUAUUUACAGAUUCUUCAAGUCUCGCGCUUCAACCUCUGACCAAGACCCUCAACACGAAGGAAAAUUAACCCUCCAGAAGAACCGUCGCGUUUCAUGGCAUCUUGCUUCGGAUGCCGAGUCUGUUGAAGAAACUGAAAUUGAUUUGAAUCCCGACUACUCGUUUGUUGAGGAACAGGAGGAGUUACUGGAGAGGAAGGAAUCGCCUGGGGGUGUGGUUGGGGAGAUUGUUCAAAUUGCAAGAAACUUGCCGGAAAAUCUGACAUUAGGGGAGGUUUUGAACGUUUACGAGGGACGCGUUGAUAAGACAAAGUGCCUCGAGGUGUUGGGAUUUCUUGGGGAGGAAGGUCGUCUAUUUGACUGUAUGUAUUUCUUCGAGUGGAUGAGAUUGCAGGAACCAUCGCUUGUUACGCCUCGGGCAUGUAGUGUGUUGUUUCCAGUGUUAGGAAGAGCAGGCAUGGGUGAUAAGUUGAUGGUUCUCUUCAGAAACUUACCGUCCAGCAAGGAGUUCAGAGAUGUUCGUGUUUAUAAUGCUGCUACUUCAGGUCUUUUAUAUAGUGGGAGGUAUGAAGAUGCCUGGAAGCUGUAUGAGUCAAUGGAACAUGAUAAUAUACGUCCAGAUCACGUGACAUGCUCUAUUGUGAUUACAAUAAUUAGAAAACUUGGCCAUAGUGCAAAGGAUGCGUGGCAAUUUUUUGAGAAAAUGAACAGAAAAGGAGUCAGAUGGAGCGAGGAAGUCUUUGGUGCAUUAAUCAAAUCAUUUUGUGAUGAGAGAUUGAUUAAGGAAGCUCUGAUCAUCCAAUCAGAAAUGGAAACAAAAGGAGUCUCUUCAAAUGCAAUUGUGUACAACACGCUGAUGGAUGCAUUUAUUAAAUCCAACUACAUAGAGGAAGCUGAAGGUCUUUUUGUUGAGAUGAAAGCUAAAGGGAUUAAGCCCACUGCAGCUACAUUUAACAUUUUAAUGUAUGCAUACAGUAGAAGAAUGCAGCCUCAGGUUGUGGAGAAGCUGAUGGCAGAAAUGGAGGAUGCUGGCCUGAAUCCAGAUGCCAAAUCAUAUACUUGCCUAAUCAAUGCAUAUGGGAAGCAGAAGAAAAUGAGUGACGUGGCUGCUGAUGCAUUCUUGAAGAUGAAGAAAGCUGGUAUAAAACCCACUUCACAUUCUUACACAGCUCUAAUUCAUGCUUAUUCAGUAAGCGGUUGGCAUGAGAAAGCUUACAUGGCGUUUGAAAACAUGCAAAAAGAGGGCCUCAAACCCUCCAUAGAAACCUACACUGCUCUCCUUGAUGCAUAUAGGCGGGCCGGGGAUACCCAAACAUUGAUGAAAAUAUGGAAGUUGAUGAUCAGUGACAAAAUUGAAGGAACGCGGGUUACAUUUAAUACUCUUCUUGAUGGAUUUGCUAAACAAGGCCACUACGUCGAAGCAAGGGACGUAAUAUCUGAAUUUGGUAAGAUUGGACUGCACCCAACAGUGAUGACAUAUAAUAUGCUGAUGAACGCCUAUGCAAGAGGAGGGCAACACUCAAAGUUGCCACAGUUGUUGAAAGAGAUGGCAGUUCUGAAUCUAAAACCCGAUUCAGUAACUUAUUCAACAAUGAUAUAUGCCUAUGUUCGCGUAAGAGAUUUUAAAAGGGCAUUUUUCUAUCACAAGAAGAUGGUCAAAAGUGGACAAGUCCCGGAUCCCAUCUCUUACAAGAAGCUUAGGGCGAUUCUGGAUGUAAAAGUUGCCACUAAAAACAGGAAGGAUAGGAGUGCUAUACUGGGGAUUAUUAACAGUAAGAUGGGCAUGGUUAAAGAUAAAAAGAAGAAAGAUGAGUUCUGGAAAUACAAGAAAAAACAUACCAAGACAUCCCAGUUUGGUCCCAGCGUGCCGCGAGGGAAACAUUGAAAUCCCCCUGUAACAUUGUAAGUUCAAUUUUGCCUCACUACUGAUUUCUCUGUUAUAAUGCCAAUAUGAGGAUCUUCAUGAUUUUAAGUUUGAAGAUAGGUACCAGGUAUGCCAUCAUCCAGCCCGUGCCAAAAAGUGAUGUUCUUGUUGGUGUUUUUGAGUUAGCUGCAACCUGCAACUUAGUGUUACUAGUUUCACUCCUGUGACUUACUGAUUUUGUCCCUAAUUAAAUGAAUUCCUAGUUCCUAGUGCGGGACCAGAAAUUUUAUGUAUUUGGGUUUGUGAGAAUGGGCCGAAUCAGUUCGAUUUGGGCUUGUGACCUUUCCUUCUUCCAAUGGGUGGGGCAGUGAAGUUGGAGUUGGGCUAUGCAUCUCUCCCUCCCUCCCUCGCUUUAUAAGUAAAGGAAAAAAUAGUCUUACAUAGUUUGAAUUA